CAGGCUCUGGCUUUUGCCUCCCGUGGCGCGCCUUCGAAACCCGUCGGUCUGCAUUCCAGUGAUCUGUUAUACAGACGCCAGUGGACGCUAAGACGCCAAGAAGUAUCGUCACGAAAUAUAAGCGUGUCGCCCGGCAACGCCGCGUUGACCGUAAGCCACGGAAUUCGAGCACAUAAAAAAAAUAGACUCCAAAGAGUUAUAAGAAAGAAGCGGAACUAAGAAAAUGGAGUGAUUCGUAUAGUUGAUAACUUGGUGGUAUAAUGAUUUAUUAGUGAUUACUUGUGAUUUUUUUGGAGACACAAAUCUUUGUGAUAACUAAACAGUGGAAGGACAAGGACGAACACAAGAUACAGGGUAAAAGUUGGAGAGAGUUUUUGGCGGUAGUGGAAGCGUCCGAAAUAAAUUUAAUGCUUCAAGCAAGUGGAAAAAGGUUUCUUCAACACCUGAGUUACAAUACUACUUUAUCCCCCGACACCUGAGAUGCGAAGGGAGACUUGCUUUUAUUAUUCACAAACCAGUAAUGUGUCAAGAUGAGGCAGUUAAUAUUCAAUUUAUUUGGAAUUUUAAUUUUUUUUCUCCUCUCUUUGGGUAUCCAAGUUAAAGGUUCUCAAAAGGAAUGGUGGAUGUCAUUUACACAACAUCCUAGACCUUUACCAGCUCCUCUCGGUGAUGAGGUAAUUUUUGAGUGUAGUGUCAACUUGCCAUCUGAAAAAUUCAUCUGGUAUCACCGACCUUUCAAUUCUGAACAGUGGAAGCCUCUUUUAAAUGUUCCUGUUCCCUACAAUGAAAAAGAAAAGUCUACUUCUAAGUUUGUUUUAAACUUUGAUGAUGAGUCUAAAGCUGGAGAUUAUCGAUGUGUUGCAUUUUUUGGAACAAGUGGAGUAGCAUCAGAUCCCGGAAGAUUAAGCUUAGCAAAAAUGGACAGAUUUACUGACAAAAGUAAUGUAACUAUUCGUGUUCCUGCUGGAAACACAGUUCCAAUUACUUGUCCAGUACCUUAUUCAGUUCCAGAAGCAGUUGUUCAAUUUUAUAAAGACAAUGUUUUGAUAAAAAAUGCAAUCUCAACUGGAGAUAAAACAAUGAUAAUUAAGAAUGUAAAAACCUCAGAUUCUGGAAGUUAUCACUGCACUGCUGAAAAUUACAUUACUGGACAAAUAUAUAAAAGUAAUUAUUGGACUGUACUUAAGGUUAAUUCUGAAGAAAAGAGUGUUGAUCCCUUUUUUAUUAAUAAACCAACUCAAAAAGAAUACAAAGUUCUUAAGGGUCGAAAUAUAACUUUGGAGUGUUUUGGAGCUGGUUAUCCAAUUCCUAAUGUCACUUGGUCACGAUUUGCUGUCCCUUUACCUCGGUAUUCUCAAUCCACCAGUGCCGGAUUAAGUAUACAAAAUGUCGAACCAUCAGAUCAAGGAGAAUAUCAUUGUGCUUGGACUACAGAUAAAGCAAAAAUUGAAGCGUUGAUUCGUUUAAACGUUUAUGAAGCUCCACAAGUUAUAAAAGGACCAAAAUCAGAAUCUUUUCUUGAAGGUAAAGAACUACAAUUGUCUUGUAAUGUAACUGGAACACCUGAACCUAAAAUUGAAUGGUUAAUAAACGGAGAAGCUCUUCAGCCAAAUUAUAAUGUUAAAAUUAAAGGUUCAUCACUUUGUAUAACUUCAGUGGAAAAGAAACAUGCUGGAAUAGUUCAGUGCGUUGCAAGCAAUGAUUAUGGAUCACAUUCUGGCAGCAAUUUACUAAAAGUAACUCCAAAACAACAAGUAAGCGGUGGAAAUUGGUCACAAUUACAUGAGCCAUUGAAUAAUAAUCGCAAACAACCAAAAUCAGGUGGAAAGAAAAAAAAUAAAGAUGGUCAUAAAGAUGGAAUUGAAUUAGUGCCUCCUAAUCCGCCAAAUGUUACACGGCUUUCUGACGUUUCGGUAAUGGUUCGUUGGUCUGUUCCAGAAAAUACGGGACUCCCAAUAUCAUUCUUUAAAGUUCAAUAUAGAGAAAUUAAAUCAAAUAAUAGAAAAUGGAUGACACCUAGCAAUGAAAUUCCUAAUCAUGUAAGAUCAUUUGAAGUUACUGAUCUUCAACCAAAUCAUACAUAUCGAUUCCGAAUUGCAGCAGUUUAUACUAAUAAUGAUAAUAAACCAAGUAAUAAUUCUGCUAAAUUUUUUCUAACAAAAAUGAAUGACUUUGAAAUGAAUAAGAUGCCAAUUCCACUUUUUAUUGGUACCGAGGCACUUGGACCUGAUCGAAUUUUUUUGACUUGGCAGAAUCCGAAUAAAUCAAUUCCUAUCGAUGGCUUUUAUGUUUAUCAUCGUGCCUCAACAUCAGCUGGAGAUUAUAUUAAAACAACUGUUGAAGGAAUUAACGCUACUAAUGUAACAAUCUGUCAUUUACAGCCUGAAACAACAUAUGAAUUUAAAAUUCAAAGUUUUUCUGUCGAUGCUGCUUCAGAAUUUUCAAUAAUUAGAAUUGCAAAAACUUUAAAGUUAGUAACUGAAUCACCACCGGUCCAACAAAUUUUACCGGAAAUUGGAUCUCACAGUACAAGAAAUGCCCAAAAUGGAACUCUAUAUGCAAUCAUUGGAGGUACAUUAGGAGGAUUAGUUUUACUUGGAGUUUUAAGUACAAUUCUUGUUGUUUACAAACGAAGUAGAAUUAAACAAAGCCGAGAAACAUCACAAAGUGAAGGUAAAACAAUGAGCAAUGGUUUAGUGAUAAAUGGUGGAGUAACAGAUUCAAAAAUCAAUAUCACAUCAAAUCCUCUAGCUGUUCUUGAUACUUCAGAAACCACAAUACAACCCAAGAAUGGCCAACAGCCCUUAAUGGAGAUGACAUCGUUCAUGAAUGGCCAGAUCAACAACACCUCCAGCAAUGGAAAUGAUGGUCCUACUGCAAGUACACAAAGAUUCAAUGAAUCCAGGAAUGAUUCAAUCCAACCAACUCAUCCCUCCAUGGAUUAAAAAUCAAAAUUGCUCAAGAUAAUAAUGAUAAAUUACCAAGAAAACUUCACUGAAGUAACUUUUUGUAUUAUUAUAUUUUUACAACGAGUUAUUGAUCAAUUAUAUUAUGUGUAAAUUGGAAAAAGAUAAAACUCGGUAAAGAAGAUAGGGUAAACAAUGAAAAGAAAAUUUUUUCAUAUUGUAAAUAGGAAGAAUAGUGAUAAAAUAAUUUAAUUAACAGAGAAGACAUAAUGUACAUGAAAAUUUCAUCCAAUUUUAAUAUGUAGCUAAAGAAAUGAAUUUUUAUGGAUCAUCUAUUCAAAUAAGUUAGUAUAAGGAAGCAAUUUAUUACUGCUUUAUUCGACAGUAUUGAUAUUAUAUUUUGUUUGAUAUUAUAUCUACUGAAAUAAUUGUAUUUUUGAUUUAUUUAGACUGGUGAAAAUAACAAAUUAGAAAUUUUAGAAUUUUACAUAUUUAAAUAGAGAAUACCUCUUUACAUCGUAUAAGCGAUACAGAUAAUUUAAAGUGAUAGUAAGGUUGUGCCAAGAUUAUAAUCGAUAAUUGCCAUUUUAUUUACAUUACUAUUGAUUAUUAACAAAGAAUAAUUAAUAAUAUGGUUUUUAUUUUUAUAAAAAGCACAAAUUUUAAUGGAAAUUAUCGAUUCAAUCGACCGAUUGAUUAUGUAAAUAAAAAAAUUGAAAUUGUCUUUAGUAAUAGUGUUAUUAAAAUUUUACAACAUUUUAGUUUUUUAUUUAAAGUAAAAAGAAAAUUAAGAAUUACUAAUUCGUUGAAAAUUUUAAAAAUUUUAAAUUUUGUGAAUAGAAUAGUUAUAAUAAAUUACAUAUUUCACAUGUGUAGUGCAUUGAGGGCCUUAAAAAUUUUUAUCAUUAAAAAUUAAUAGUGAUUGAUAUGAGCUGUAAAUAAUAUAGUUUUUAUUUAAAUACUUAACAAAUAUUUUAUGUAAACGA